AUAGAUAUCACGCAUCCGCCCACUUAACAAGUUACUGAAACUGAAAGUAAUAAUUAACCGAAAUGCGCAGUUCUUCCUUUUAUCUUAAAUACGAGAUAUUUUUUGUGAAGUUACGGUGAUGGAGAUACAUGAUUGUGUUUUAAUUGUUUUUCUCCUGGGCUUUGGAGUUGAUUUUUCUUCUCAAAACACACAGAAAAUUCAGCCCGAAUUGAGCGAAAAGAAAUGCUAUAUCAAAGAAAUUGAAUCUUUUAACCCGAAUGACUGCUCUGGAGUAGAAGAGGAUGGACACACGGUUAGACAUAAAGGGGGGUGCAUUGUUGAUGGUGAUCAGAUCCUCACAUGUGUACAUGGCCAUUGGUCUGGGACAGAUAGUUCAGUCGAAUUGUUACAGAGGAAUAAGCGGCUAGUAUGGGUAAAUGUCGCUGAGACAUUAAUGCGUUGCAUGGUAUUUUGUGGAGACGAAUUCCGCAAAGCUACCCAGAGCUGGCCUUCUUUUCCUAGACCAUGCACACCAAAGGAAAUCAAGAAUAAUUAUAAUGUUGAUGUUGGUGAGAACAGUGUCGUUGUUAAUUGGACAGUACCGUCGGCCACGGAUAGAAAAGGAGGUACUCCAAGAGUGAUACAAGUUGAGGGUGGUACAAAUGGUGGUCGGUUUCUUGGAACUACUUAUGGAAAGAAUCAUCGUAUCAAAUAUCAAGCUACAAAUUCAGACGGCCUGUCGGCAUACUGUUACUUUUCAUUCUCGGUCACAAUACUGACUUGUAAUCUCCUACCAUGGUCUGCUAAUAAUGGCACCAUAAAAUGUGACAAUAGGAAUAUUCUUGGAAGCACGUGUAACUAUACAUGCAACAAUGGGUAUAAAUUGACCGGACCUAGUACAAUAACGUGUGAAAACGCUGAGUCGCCAUCAUGGUCUGCAAUCCCAACUUGUGACAAAAUGAUAUGCAGUGAACCGAAAUACCCAUCACAUUCUACAGUCACUUGUUCGGACCCUUUCUACGGCUACCAAUCAAUUUGUUUAUUUAAUUGUGAUAGCGGAUACACGUUGAAAGGGGCCACACAUAUUCAGUGCCAGGCAGACGGAAAAUGGUCUAACUAUGAAACCUCAUCAUGCGUUGAUGGCACUCCGCCGACCAUCUCCUGUGUAACUCCGCAGAUAUUUUAUGCUGACCGAGGUGUAACAACAACAAAAACAAACUGGACACUUCCUACAGCGUCUGACAUUGCAGACGACAAUCCGUCCAUUGUACAAACAUACGGUCCAACAAUGGGAUCACUUCUGGAGGUUGGAACUAAAAUAGUAAAAUAUAAGGCAGUUAAUGUAAAUGGAAGAGAAUCUCAAGAAUGCUUUAUCCAGCUCCGUAUCGAAGAAAUAACUUGCGGGCACCCGUUAGAAAGCUUUACUGAUGACUUCAUGAGAUUCAACUGUUCUACACCAAAGUCUGGAUAUGUUUACGGUGCGUCUUGUCAGCUUUCUUGUAUCCUUAACCUACCACUUAACGGCACAGAUCUGAUCACGUGUGAGGACAAUGGCCAAU